AUGAGAGUUUUAAUCGUAGACGGUUUUGCCGAUAACCCCGAAAGCCGGCGCUCAGCCGCAAUUUUCAAAUCUUUAAUCCGCGAAGCUUUUACUCAUCAGAAAAUGUACAACGUCCAGGACAUCGAAUUUAUAGAAGUAGAUCGAGAUUCAAUCGACACUUAUCUUUACGAACUCAACACAGGCUAUCUUAGCCGAGACGCAGAAAAGCUUUUUGACCAUCUCGAUUUUGUCUUCAUAGACGGAGAAUCCAACAUGCUCCCUUGGCUUCGAAAAGCCAGAAAAUUCCUCACAUUAGUCCGAAUGUGCAAAAGAACGAACAAAAUCAUGUUUGCAUGUACUUUCGCUAUGCAAAUGCUCGUAUAUUUGUGCGCAACAAACUAUAACAUUGACAGAGUUAUCAAUGGGAAAGGCAAAGGCAGUUCUAUAGCUGAAAUAAAUAAAAUCCCAAAAGAAACUUUAAAUAAAUUGACAUUAGGAGAUGCAUUUCUAGAUAGCUCAACUGGAGAUAUCUAUUGCUAUGACCCUCAUAGAGGAGAAUUCUACCCAGUCUCAAACGCAGGGAUCCAUAAUCACAAGGCUGCUCAAGAAAACGAAAAAGUUAGCAAAGCAAUGAUAAAAUCUCAUCAAUAUUGGGCCAAAAAUUUCGAUUCCCCUGAUGACGUGUAUAUUGGAAAAUCCAGCGAAACCAAAUGCAGGAUUUUUAAACAAUAUGUGCAGCAUUGGCUAGUAAAAGGGCUCGGCUUCAACGAAUUUUUAGUCCCAAGCUUGAACCAAUGGGAUGUCCAUCCAGUAAAUGCUACUAUAAAAGGAAAUGUAUAUACAGUUUUCGCAGAAAGUAGCAGAGGUCCUCAAAUUAUUGUUCACCGCAAUGCAGUAGGUGUACAGUUUCAUCCAAACCCUAAAUAUCCAGCUACCUUUACAGUACUGAAAAACUUUGUAAUCCAUAUGAUGUCAAGAUUCCAAAAUGAGACUGCUAAGCUUGAUCUACCGCUUUCUAUAGUCACAAAGGCUGGAGUUGGGAUUAGUACAAGUAUGGGAGCAAUUAGUAGAUUUUCGAGUGAUAAUGGGACCCUUAUGAAUUCGCCUAGUACUAUGGAUAUGAAUAAUACCUAUGGGUUACGUGCAAACGAAGCAAAACAUUCUGGGUUUGCUUUUUCUUUGAGAGGAGGUGAGCCGCUAACUGUAAAAAUCAAUGCGACGACCUCAGAAGCAAUCAAACUUCAAGGAUCGUCUCCUAUGGGCUUGAGGCCUAAGAGUUCCAAUAUGGAUAGCUUCGAUUCACAUAACUCUUCUGAGGUCAGUAUAUAUAGCCAUCACUCAAUCAAGAGGAAAAAUACUAAUAAAAAAGUUGGAUUUGCCAAAAAAGACUCAGUAACCACAAGAGAAAAUCCAAUACUAGAUGAUAGAAUUAUAAAGCCAAUCCAGUCAGAAUAUAUCAAUACUUUAGGUGCAGAUUUCAUUGAAUCUCUGCCUACAGCCUGAAAAAGUAAAAAAGAAAUCAGGUCAUUUUUGCACCCUGGGUAUGAUAUAGGAAAUAUGCCUAAAAAAGGAAAUAUUAUGAAUGGGCAAAAUCUCACGCUGGCAAGGAAUGAUUUUGAGUACUAUGAAAAGCCACUUGUUAAAAUUGUGAUGUCACCUAGGCCUUAUUGUAGAUAUAACAAAGAAUUCAAAGGAACGGAAACUGACACUUUUGCAAAAACUCGGACAUCAAGCUUUGUUAAUUUAGGAAAUACGAUAAGAAAUGAUGGGAGUCCAUUUAUUGAGCCUGACAAGAGAAAGAUUCAGGAAGAGAUAAAAGAUAAAGAAAAAUGGGUAGCAAAAUCUGACUUCAGUAGAGUGUUUUCUGCAAGCCAAGGAGUAAGGCCAGUUGGCUAUAAUUCUCCUUCUACUCCUUACUAUGAACACAAAUUUCGAGAUGAGGACAAAACUAAAUGGAUAUAUGGAGCUUUCAAAACUGCAAGCUAUUAA